CUUUUUUAACAUUUCAUUUGUCUACUUACAAUCAAUCAACAACCUUUCUCUUUCUUCUCUCUCCCUCCUGAUAAGCUGUGUGCUUGCCCCACUCCACUCUGUAAUGCUUAACUGCAAUCAUAGCCAGAAAAGAGGCUUUGAACUUCAAUGCAUGGGGUAUGCAACAUUACCUGCUAGGUAUGGCGUUUAUGAUUUAUCAGGCAAAUUAACUUUUGAUUGCAAUAGUUUUUCUCCUUUCGGACUCCUCCAAUUCUCUCCACCUAUUUGCCUUUCACGAAAAUCCAACUGUAACUGACUCUGGGGAUGUAGUUAGUAAGGAUGAUAGGAGCUGUUCUUUUUGAUGUCUCGGAAGCAGUAGAUUGUUAAAGAGUUUGCAAAGAAAAGAAAUCCCUUUUCCGGUCUUGCAAUGCCAGUCCCUCUUGCUCCGUAUCCAACACCUCCUGUUCCAUUUACACCACCUGCAACUGGUGCACAGAGCCAGCUUGUUUGUUCUGGUUGUCGAAACCUUUUGGUGUAUCCGGUAGGAGCAACCUCUGUGUGUUGUGCAGUUUGCAAUGCAGUCACAGCUGUACCUCCUCCUGCAGGCACUGAGAUGGCUCAGUUGGUUUGUGGGGGCUGCCAUACUUUGUUAAUGUAUAUUCGUGGAGCAACAAGCGUGCAGUGUUCUUGUUGUCACACCAUCAAUUUAGCAAUGGAAGCAAAUCAGGUAGCACAUGUGAAUUGUGGGAACUGCCGGAUGCUGUUGAUGUACCAAUAUGGGGCGCGAUCUGUAAAAUGCGCCGUCUGCAAUUUUGUGACAUCAAUUGGGGCAUCAGCGAGCACUAUUGAGCAGAAGUUCAACAGCUGAACUCUGAAGUUUUCUGUUUCAAUACCACAUUAUAUUGCCAUUUUGAAGAGCUGCCAGAAACUGCAAAAUUCCUGGAAGCAGAGAAAGUAUAUUUCUGCUGCAUUGUAUAGAGUUCUUUUUCCAGCGCGUGAUUUACAUAUGAAUAAGCAAAUUUUCCUGCGUAAAUGCACAAGAUUAUUAUCUAUGAAUUUGAGGUUGCUAGCGUGUUUCAAAUUAUUGGAUAAGAAAAACAUCAUUUUCUUGUAGUGCUUCUUCUAAUUGCAUCAAGCACACGACAUCAGGCUGUAUAUUUCACUUUAUCCAUC